AUGAAGCCACCCGAAUCAACUAUCAAAGCCUUUCAACAUAUUUCCGGAGAACCUCUUACCCCAUCAGCCAAAUGGCAACUAAGAGCCGGAAAGAGGCUCUCGUCGCUAGAGCCUGAUGUGAUGUUGAGAAUUGAAAAGCCUCAUUGGGCGAAGUGGGAACGAGAGCUGUCUGAGAAGGACCUCAAUAUUGUAUGGAGGCUAGACUACGUACCGAGGUCGGCAUACGCCGUUGAAAACUAUCACCGAAUAGAUCACAUUACAAAGCUCGCGCGGAAAAUGCUAAUGACUAGCGGAAGUGGGAAGAAAAUCGAAAUUUGA